AUGGCCGCCGCCCUGCAGCACCACACACGCCGCGCCCUGGUCGUCUAUGGCUCGGAGACGGGCAACGCACAGGAUGUGGCUGAGGAGAUGGGCAGAAUCGCCGAGCGCCUGCGCUUCGACACAGACGUUGCCGAGCUGAACGCCAUCAGCCUUAAACAACUAGUGCAGCAUCAUGUUGUUUUGAUCGCAAUCUCCACCACCGGCCAGGGCGACCUGCCGCCAAACAGCCAAAAGUUCUGGAGGGCCAUCAGAAGCGCUCGCCUGCGCGCACCCUGUCUGCAGCACAUGCGCUUUGCGUCUUUCGGACUCGGCGACACCUCGUAUCCAAAGUACAACUGGGCCCAUCGCAAACUCUAUAACCGCCUCGUCCAGCUGGGGGCCCAGCCAAUAUGUGAUCGUGGUGAAUCCGAUGAACAGCAUCCAGAGGGCAUCGACGGCUCGUUCCUCCCUUGGUCUACCAAACUUCGCCAACACCUCCUGGAAGCAUAUCCUCUUCCUGAUGAUGUCGAACCAAUACCGGAUCAUGUUCUACUAGACCCAAAAUGGCUCCUUGAAGUUGCAGACAAAACUUCCACAGCUUCGUCCAAGCCUGAAGCUAGUGACGGUGCGCCAGACGUCCCUCCACCAGAUCUCCUUGAAAUACCCGGCGGUCUGACGGCAACGAUAACAAGCAAUGAACGUGUUACUCCAACAACCCACUGGCAAGAUGUCCGGCACCUCAAGUUUGAAAUUCCUCAAGUCCAUUCCUAUCAACCCGGCGACGUCCUCACCAUAUAUCCCAAGAACUUCCCCUCGGAUGUCUCGCAGUUCUUGGAGUGCAUGAAUUGGACAUCCGUCGCUGACGUUCCCCUGCGCUUCACCCCAUCCUCGCCAUCCAUAUCAUCAUCUUCGAAUCUUCCUGUCCGCAACUUGGAUACCAGCGUCACAAUAACCCUACGUCAACUUCUCACCAAUCAUCUCGACAUAAUUUCUAUCCCCCGCCGCUCCUUCUUCGCCCAGCUUGCUCACUAUACUACCGAUGAAUUCCACAAGGCACGUCUCCUCGAAUUUACAGAUCCCCAGUACAUUGACGAGCUCUACGACUACACGACACGCCCACGCCGCAGCAUCCUAGAAGUCCUGCAAGAGUUCGAGUCUGUCAAGAUCCCUUGGCAGCGUGUUUGUAGUAUCAUUCCUACACUACGGGGAAGACAGUUCAGUAUUGCAAGCGCGAUGAAUCCGAGUGCCGAGUUAGAGGGAAAAACCCAGAUUGAGCUAUUGAUUGCGAUCGUCAAGUAUAAAACAGUUAUUAAAAGAAUUCGACAGGGUGUUGCGACAAGAUACAUUGCUUCCUUCACCCCUGGCCAGGAGAUUACGGUCACGCUUUCUCAGGGGGGGCUUGGCGUGAGCAAGGAAGAGAUGGAAAACCCAGUUGUCAUGAUUGGACCUGGGACCGGUGUCGCGCCAAUGCGGUCUUUGAUAUACCAACGUAUGAUCUGGCGGGAGCAAUUGAAGCAAGCACAGAAUGGACACGUGCAAGAGCAAGAGAUGGUAAAGGACUUGUUAUUCUUUGGCUGUCGAAAUGCAGAAUCAGACUACUUCUUCAAAGACGAGUGGGCACAGUUGCGGUCUGAUGGCGUUCCUCUAGAGGUUUUUGUAGCUUUUUCUAGAGACCAGCGACAGAAAGUUUAUGUCCAAGACCUCAUUCGCCAGCAAUCAGCCCUCGUCUUCUCGCAUCUCUACCAAAAAUCUGGUAUCUUGUACGUUUGUGGUUCUUCGGGCAAAAUGCCCCAAGCAGUACGCGAAGCUCUCAUCGAAGGCUUCCAAGAACACGGGAAAAUGGAUAGAGAAGGAGCAGAAGCGUAUCUCGCUGGAAUAGAAAAGGCUGGGAGAUACCGACAAGAGACGUGGUAG